AUGCCUCCAAGAGUCGUGGGCGCCAUGUUGUGCGGCCUGUACUGCAGAGCAGCUGCGAGGUCCACAUUGCUUGGCACCUACAGGCCACCUGGCCCUGCGCACCAGCCCCGGAGAACACGAAAACAGGAGGCAGACGCGAACUUUUUCCAGCUCAGAAUCUGCAUUCCCAACAUGCACCAUUCGGAGGAGACCGUGUCCUUUUUUAAUGAGAACUGUUCCACAGAAGCUCUGGGAAACAGACAAGAGAGGGUGCCCUCAGAGGCCUUCCCGGAGGCCAAGUCAGCUAGAAAUGACUUCCAGUGCAGCGCCAAGAUCACCAUUUUAGGGAUGGGUCCCCUAAACACACCAUCUGACAGUGAAUUCUACAAUGAACUCUGUGACCAGGCUUGGGGUGGAAACACUCUGAUAUCCUACCAAAAACCCUGGGACAUGGCCUAUGGUAACAAAGCCAUGAGGAAAAAAAAAAUCUUUCUGCAUGUGAAAGGAGAAAUUUAACUGGAUAGUUUUGCUGAGAACUGGGGUGUCAUGUUGACAACAAAGUUCUUGGAGGGUAUAAGAGCACUUCUAACUGCCUACAAAAAGGGAGAAUAUUUCAGGGUUUUGGAAAUUUAUGACCACUAUAGUACCUCUUGGUCUCCAGGGGAACUGUAUCAAAUAAUAAGCCUGGAUAAAGCUUCUAUGAAAAGGCUUGGACUUGACAAUUUUAACGAGAACUGUAGAAUAACCAAUCGGAAUGUUUUUCCUUUCUUUACUUGUCUCCCAUAUAAUCUGGUUCCUGUGAAAAUCAAAGAUGCACACCUGCAGAAACAAGAUGUAGAUGCCAGUAAGGACUAUGACAGUGAAUUCCGUGUAGAAGGGUAAUACCCAUGCCAGAAUGGAGCCACAGAGAUUGUACUAGGCGGGCAGUGUCCGCAUUCCUGUGCAUUCUAAUUUGAAGGAACUGCUAUGAAAUCAGUAAGAAGAAAAUAUCUUAAUUAA